AUGGCUGGUGCUGGCGUUAUGUUUUUCAUUACCUUUCUAGCUAAACAAGAUUCUUCUCAUGAGCCAAAAACAUUCCAAGCUAAGGUUCGCUAUUCCUAUGUCGCCACCAACAAGUACCUCACCUGCGAUCUUAAACCACCACAAGGUGGUUGA